UUCAUGCCAAGCGGACGUUGUGGCUGCAGAAUUGAGUGAACAAUAAAAGUAAAUAUACAGCACACUGUAUGUCUGUAUGUAUGUAUGUGUGUGUGUGCUAGUGUGCGAGUGCAUGUGUAGAGCAACAACAAUUAAAGCCAUCAAAUCACAGCUACUACUUAGAAAUUAUUAAAUAGAAAAGUGGCAACUACUCGAACUAAACGUGAUUCAAUUCAAAAUUGCUUGGCAACCUUUGAAAGUAAAAGUUAUGUGAUAGCAGUCUGUGCUUUUUCGCAGUGAAAUUAUCCUGCGUGUAACGCGUGUAACGGUAUUCGUGUUUGUGUUCGUGUACGUGUGCGUGUGUGCGCAGGACGUGCCAAAAAAAAGCUCCUUAUCAACAGCAGCAGGCUGUUUAUUGUUGAUAAUCAGGCACAGCAGACACAGCAGUUGGUUAGCAAUAUUCAAAUAUUCAAAUUUAAGAAACUGUGCAACUGGAAGUUAAAGCGAAAUAUUUGUACCAAUAACGAACAACGGAAGUGCUCAAACGAGUUCUGAACAACAAAAUGGCUUCCAUGGCUGCUUUUGAUCAAAUCAAAAUUGGACUCAAAAUGGUCGACUUCAAGGUACAGCAGCGACGCAACCGCACCAGCGAGAAGACAAUUGUCAGUACCACCUAUGGGCCCAUCAAGGGCGUAAAGCGCAAGUCCAUCUACGGCCAAUCGUAUUUCAGUUUCGAGAAAAUCCCCUUCGCCAAACCCCCCCUGGGAGAGUUGCGCUACAAGGCCCCACAGCCCCCAGAGCCAUGGACAGAGGUCAGGAGCUGCACAUCGCAGGGCACAAAGCCUUUGCAAAAGCACUUUGUGUUCGAAAUGACCGAUGGUUCAGAGGAUUGCCUCUAUCUCAAUGUUUAUACGAAGAAUCUUUAUCCCUCCAAGCCCAUGCCCGUUAUGGUGUGGAUCUAUGGUGGCGGCUUUCAGUUUGGCGAGGCCUCCCGUGAAUGCUACAGUCCGGACUAUUUGUUGCGCGAAGAUGUGGUGGUCAUAUCCAUUAACUAUCGAUUGGGUCCCUUAGGUUUUCUCUGUCUGGAGGAUCCCGAAUUCGAUGUUCCCGGCAAUGCAGGUCUCAAGGAUCAAGUCCUGGCCCUGCGCUGGGUCAAGGCUAACUGCUCGCGCUUUGGUGGCGAUUCGGGCAACAUCACAAUUUUUGGCGACAGCGCCGGCAGCGCUUCCGUUCACUACAUGAUGAUAACGGAACAGACGCGCGGUCUCUUCCACAAGGCCAUCUGCAUGUCUGGCAACACGCUCUCCCCCUGGGCCGUCACACCUCAGCGCAAUUGGCCGUAUCGGCUGGCCGUGCAAGCGGGCUACACGGGCGACAAUUCGGAGCAUGAGGUGUGGGAGUUUCUGCGCAAUGCCAAGGGCUCGGACAUCAUUAAAGCGAAUGGUGAGCUGUGCAUUGAUGAAGAGAAAAAGGAGCGCAUUGGCUUCUCAUUUGGACCGGUUAUCGAGCCAUAUGUGACCAGCCACACGGUGGUGCCCAAAAAACCCAUUGAGAUGAUGCGCACGGCCUGGAGCAACAACAUACCGCUUAUACUGGGCGGUGUCUCCAACGAGGGUCUAUUGCUCUACUCUGAGACGAAGGCGAAUCCCAAGUGCUUGAAUGAGUUGGGCGAUUGCCGAUUUGUAGUGCCCAUUGAGUUGGACAUGGAUCGUGAUAGCGAGCUGUGCAAGGAUUAUGGCGAGCAGCUCAGACAGACUUAUUAUGGCGAUAAGACGCCCAGCCUAGACACGCUCCACGAGUAUCUGCAGAUGGUGUCGCACGAGUACUUCUGGUUCCCCAUUUAUCGUACAGUAUUGUCGCGCCUGGAGUAUGCGCGUAACGCACCCACCUAUUUGUAUCGCUUCGAUUUCGAUUCGAAGCACUUCAAUCACCUGCGCAUCCUUAGCUGUGGCAAGAAGGUGCGCGGCACCUGCCACGGUGAUGAUCUCUCGUAUUUGUUCUACAACUCGCUGGCGAGAAAAUUGAAGAAUCAUACCCGAGAAUACAAAUGCAUUGAGCGGCUGGUUGGGCUCUGGACCCAUUUUGCCACCUAUGGUAAUCCGAAUUUCGAUCCCGAACAGGCGGACCUGUGGCAGCCAGUGGCGCCGGAAUCACUCGAGAAACAUCAGCUAAAGUGCCUUAAUAUAUCCGAUGAGCUGAAGAUUAUCGAUGUGCCUGAGAUGCGCAAACUGAUGGUCUGGGAGGGUUUCUUUCGACGCGACGAGCUCCUGUAGAGUGGGUGGAGUGACAGCCUUAGAUGCUCUAGAGCUUACUUGUAUUGUAGCAUUAUCCUAUGGUUCUCACAGCUUUAUGUUGUAGCCUCUGUUUUGAAACAAAGCAAAGCUAAGUAAAGCAAAGCUUUAAACUGUCGCUGGACAUGUUGUUAAGUUUAUCGAUAUCCGUAUAGGUAUCAGUAUCGGUAUCGGUAUCGAAGUCGUAUUAAGUUUGUUAAAGUUGGCAGAUAAACUAUACUAUAAGUAGAGUGCUAUGCUAUUUUUGCGAUCCCGUUACGGCCGUAGUCUAAAGAUUACAUGGUAAGAGAAUGAGAUUAGGUUCUAGACUAGACUUCUAGUGGAUAUUGAUAUGGAAACAAGUCGCAACUGAAGUACCUUUCUGAUGGGCGCGCUGGACAGCCAAGGAAUUUAAUUUAAGAAAAAUAUUCAAUGUUCCUUAAGUGUCGCAAAAGAAAACUACAAUGAAGAAAACACCCAACUUGCAUAUAAGUAUAUCAAACAUAUUUAAUAUGCGGUUGAUAACAACGGAACAGACAACUCUCACAAACUACAAAGGGACAGACAGACAGAUAAUUUGUACACAAAUGCCAGACAUACAAUACUUGUAGAAAAGAAAUGCCAAAGGGCAGAAAACUAUAGAAUUGUUAUCGCUUCAAAUUCAAUACAUACAACUACUACAGUUUUGUGUGCAAAAUAUAUGCCUGUCUUCUGACCAUAGCAUAUCAUAUUACUGAUUUAAUUUUGAUUUAAAACUCUCUCUUCCAUUUAGGCGAACGCGCGCACAAUUUUUACUAAGUCAAGCGCUUUUAAAAGAUAUAGGUACGAGAACAUCAAUUUUUUUCUAAUGUCUUCACAUUAUUUACAUAUUAGAUAGAUUUUUUGCAAAUGACAUGAGACAGGAAGAAUCCAGUUUAUUUAUAAAUCAUUUAGCUUUAAAUACCUUUAUAUAUUUAUCCAUUUUGAAUGUAUGUUUUUAUGUGAUGCCUACAAUUUUUUAGUAACAAACAUAUUUUUGCGAUUGUCACAAACAAAACCAGUCCAAGUUUUUUGUAUUUUUGAAAAUGCUUGUUGUUGACAAAAAAAUAAAAAAUAAAGAGUACCAAAAACAAAAAACAAAAACGUUUACAUACUACUAUUAAAGCUACAAAUUUACAAGUUAAAAGCUAGUGGUAAUAGAGAACUAAUAUUCAAAUUACACGUGAAUCGAAACACCUAGCAAGGUAAUUGAAAGUGCACACGGAGAACCAAAUGGUUCCCGCUUAUUAAACCAACUAAGCAUUAAUUAAUUAUGGGUUCGAGUCUGUAUUUGAAAAUUGUUUUAAAGAGAACUUUCUCAAAAGCUUGGAUGUGAUGCAAAGAAACUAUAAAAUGUAAUGCAAACAAAACUAAAAAAUCGAAAAUUUAAUUGAAAAAUUUAUUUUAAUAAAUGAAAGUUGUAAGAAGAGAACGAAUA